CAGCCCUAUAAUCAUUACUAGGGCUGUCAAAUAUAAUAUACAUUUACAGUCUUACAGACCAAUUAUAAUUUGACUAUUUGAGAUACAAUUAAUAUGCAUUUCAGACAAAUUGGUAAUCGCUUUAACAUAGCAGAGAGUACAAGCCAUGGAAUUAUAACAAACUGUUUAUUAGCUAUAAAUGAUGUAGCUAGUGAGAUAAUUGUAUGGCCUACAGGAGUAGCUGCAUUAGAAAAUAUUGAAAAAUUUAAUUCUUUAAGAGGAUUAAGCUCAUUUCCAAAUGUAUUUGGCUGUAUUGAUGGGUGCCAUAUAAAUACUUUAUUCCCAUGGGAAAAAAGAACUAAAAUGCCAAAGUUGGAUAGAAAUAUGUUUUGCAACAGAAAACAAGUUCCAUCUGUUGUACUGCAAGGAAUUGUUGAUGCCGAGAUGAAAUUUAUUGAUGUGUUUGCUGGUUGGCCAGGGCGUUCUCAUGAUGCUCGAAUCUAUCGAUGCAGUAAAAUUGGCCAAUUAAUCCUUAAUAAUCCAUUGUCUUUGUUCCCAAAAUCAUGUCAUAUUCUUGGUGAUGGUGCCUAUCCACUCACCGAAGGCCUCAUGACACCAUAUAAAGAUAAUGGUAAUCUAAGUUUGAGACAAAAAAAUUUCAACUACAAGCUGAGUAGCACAAGGGUUUUAAUUGAGCAGGCAUUCGGCAAAUUGAUCUGCAGAUUUCGAAAACUAAAGCACAUGGACUUAUACAAAAAAGAUUUUUGUGGCAAAGUGAUAACUGCUGCAUGCUGCUUACAUAAUAUAUGCAUAUCUAACAAAGAUACAUUUGAUGCUGCUGUACCUAGUCAAACUGAAUUGAACUUACAGGAAAUAAGAAAUGAAGUUAUUAGCGGUACAACCAAAAGAAAUUUAAUUUGUGAUACAUUAACCAUUAAUUAAA